UUUUUUUUUUUUUUUUUUUUUUUAAAGGGGGGGGCGCAUUCCUGUCAAGCGCCGCUGACAGCCAAUAGACAUCCUCGCAUUGACCAAGAUUCCCACAGUUCGGCCGCUCGAAGCCAAUGGGGGAGAGAAACCAGAGAAAGUGGGCGCGUACGUCGUCGGGAGGAAAAUAAUCGGUGACGUUCCCCUCGCUUGUUUUUUGUAGGGCGGCGGGACGCUGCCGUUGUUGAUGGAUUGGGCAGGCCCAAUCGGAGCGCUCCGUGGCACAGCGCGUUGAGAAGUGGCCAAUCCCCAGCCUAGCUCCAGCUGUCAAUCAACCCGGGUUCUGGCGACUAGGCGGGACGUUCUCUAGGCUGUAGUUCCGUCAUCUCGCUCGUCUCCGAGGCUACUGGGGGCCAAUGUUGAUUUGGGCGAAUUCCCGUCGUUGUCGGACCCCGCCGAGCUUUACUUUUUAAAAGCUGGGUUCGCUAACGAAAAGUGGCAGGCUUUCGAUUGGGAAUAUUGCAUCCCCGCCCUCGGUGUCGCUGUUUUUUGGGCUGGGGGAGAGGUGGGGAGCCGGGGGGCCUCGCUCGGCGGGGGCUGCAAGGAGGGACAGGAGAAGACUGGAUCCUCCGUGUUCAGGCCAAUUGCACCGAGCUCGGCCUGACAGUCCAGCGAAGCCCCAGCGACCGAGAUACCACAACGUCAGCUCCCCGUGGUUUUAAGCUCAAUAUUGGUCGCCGGUCGUUGGUGACCGUGGAGUGAGUGAGCCCGUCUCGCCGUGGCACCGCAUCAGCAGCAGCUGUCAGGCUAUUAAAGAUCAAGAGCUCGGAGUUAGCGCUUGGUACCGCUGGAUUUAGGGCACACCGUUCAGACCUAAUCGAGCUUAGACCGGCUUGAGAAGGCUGCAGGGCGGCCAAAAAGCCACGGAUCGCCCGUUGACAAGUUGUCAUCAUGGGCAACGCGCCCACGGCCAGGAAGGGCAACGAGAUGGAAAGUGUCAAGGAGUUCCUUGCUAAAGCCAAAGAGGACUUCCUCAAGAAAUGGGAGAAUCCUGCACAGAACACUGCUUGCCUGGAGCAGUUUGAGCGGUUGAAAACCCUGGGCACAGGCUCAUUUGGCCGUGUUAUGCUGGUGAGGCACAGAGAAACGGGACAGCAUUAUGCCAUGAAGAUCCUCAACAAGCAGAAGGUGGUGAAGCUCAAGCAGAUAGAGCACACUCUGAAUGAGAAGAGGAUUCUUCAGGCAGUCAGCUUUCCUUUUCUGGUGCGGUUAGAGUACUCGUUCAAGGACAACACUAACCUCUACAUGGUGAUGGAAUAUGUCCCAGGUGGAGAGAUGUUCUCUCAUCUACGGAGAAUUGGCAGAUUUAGUGAGCCUCACGCUCGGUUCUAUGCUGCUCAGAUCGUUCUGACCUUUGAAUACCUGCACGCUUUGGACCUGAUCUACAGAGACCUGAAACCUGAAAAUCUGCUCAUAGACCAACAGGGCUACAUUCAGGUGACAGAUUUUGGCUUUGCCAAACGUGUAAAGGGCCGGACCUGGACACUGUGUGGCACCCCAGAAUAUCUGGCCCCAGAGAUUAUUCUCAGCAAGGGGUAUAACAAGGCAGUCGACUGGUGGGCGCUGGGCGUACUCGUCUAUGAGAUGGCAGCAGGGUACCCACCUUUCUUUGCUGACCAGCCCAUUCAGAUCUAUGAAAAGAUCGUAUCAGGGAAGGUGCGUUUCCCAUCUCACUUCAGUUCAGACCUGAAGGACCUCCUGAGGAACCUGCUACAGGUGGAUCUCACAAAACGUUACGGGAACCUCAAGAACGGUGUCAACGACAUCAAGGGACACAAGUGGUUUGCAACUACUGACUGGAUUGCCAUCUACCAGAAAAAGGUGGAAGCUCCCUUCGUCCCAAAGUUCAAAGGACCAGGCGACACCAGCAACUUCGACGACUACGAGGAGGAGGAGAUUCGUGUCUCCUUCACUGAGAAAUGUGCCAAGGAGUUUGCUGAGUUCUAGAGUUAGAGAGCGACAGAGGAAGAAAGAAGGAAGUAGGGAGAGUCAAAGGUAGGCUGGUCAAGUGGGAGACAUAAGGAGAGAGUACUGUCUCCUGUCCAAUCACAAGCACCAGCUACAAAAAGAGGGAAAAUGACAUAGAGAAGGGAAAAAGAGCAAGGAGACUGAUAACCAGCAGUGUUGCCUUUUCUGUUGCGUUUUUGUUGUAUUUUAUUUAUUAUUCUGUCUUAUUUAUGGAUCCCUUUAUAAUGAAGGUGUGCUUCAGAUUCAUGGGUGUUGGGAACCCCACUUAUUUAGAGUUGCCUCUACUCAUUUUCACCCAAGGUCUCCCCUUCUCUUUUAUUUUUUCUUUCAUCUCUUAUUCACUUUUGCACCACAACACAGAGAAAUCAGUCAGUCUGUUCUAACCCACAGCAGUCUGUGAGUCAUUACAUGAAGCCCGUUGAGUCUUGUACAAGUUGAGGUCUCAGUCUGCACAAACGUUUCAUAAAUUUAAACUGCCAAUUGGCUGACUUGCUCUUUCCCUUUUUGAGUAAGAAGAGCAUGUAAGUGAAAAUUGAAAUGAAUCACAUACACUUUCAGCUUAAAUGACUUUAGGUUUUGCAGUUUUGUCUUAAUUUUUCUUUAAAUAUUUGAACCUUGACCCUCUCAUAUCAUAGACAACAUACUUUAAGUCUCUGGCAUGAUGAGCCAAAUGAAAAACAAAAAAAUGGAUUGUGCGCUCAAACUAAUUUCAGUCAGAGACAGAUGACACUUAAGGGGAAAAGAAGUCAAUUAAGUUUACUGUGUAACUCCAUCUAUACUUCUUAUCAUUGUUAGCAUAACCAGGCUUUGUGCAUAUCUGCAGCACUCAAUUUUUAAAUGUUAUUAGAUACUAGUGGCUCCAAUGAUAUCAUGUCACACUAACAAACAAGGAAAUUAGGAUAAGGGAACAGAAAUAUCUCAGUUUUAAUGGUGUUGUUAGGGAACAUCAUAACAUAAUGGUAUCUCAGGUUUGAACAUAUCACUAAAUAGACAUUUUAUCAGCAUAAAGCGUUAGGAUCAGCAGGUAAAAAGCUGUGUGAGACACUUGCUUAGUAGAUUUGGGAAUUUAACAUUCUGGUUAAUUAAGAGGAACAUAAAGGGAAUAUAAAGAGUUUUGGUUAGCGUCUUCCACAGAUUUCCCCUUCCAGAAGAUUUGGUUUUGCUAUCUUUGACAGCUCUGUCUAGUCUUAAAAGCACUUGCUGUCUCUGCUCAGAGUUCACUUACUAGUCAAGUUGAUUGUGCAUGUUGAAUCAACCAUUUGGCCCUUGUCAACUCUGAAUGAAAGAGACCAUCUGAGGCAGACUAGCUCAUACUGCCUCUGACUGGUGGUCACUAGAGCUCUCUGACUAGUCAUUGGUGGCAGUCUGGAUAGUGUGCUUUGGCUUUAUGGUCUUCUGUAGAAACCUGUGUUUAUGUUCAUCUCCCCAGCACUCAGCCGCCUCCUCUUGUUACUUGCAAAGUUGGACCACACUCCAUGUGACAGUCUUACAUGUUACAGCAACUCCGUUCACAUUUCUGUGUUUAGAACAUGCACAGUUUUUGUUUUAUUUUGUUUUUCAUGUGGUGGUGAUGAUGUAAAGAUGACUGGUACUCUGUUGAACAAGUUAAGAAAGGGCAGAGCACCUGGAGCUAAAUAGAGCUAGUACUGAAAAGAGACAAAAAUGUUCUUAGUGCACAGUAUACAACUUGCCUAUUUAAAGUACACGACAUACAACACUUCAGGUGUUCAGUUCCUCCUUAGCUGCUGAGCUAUGACGGCAGAGUACUUAAGCAGUGCCCAAAAUGGUGGUCAUUGUAGGAUUUGUUCAUUCAGAAUUUAUAAGAUAAAACCAAGUGACACUAGUGUCUGUUUCAAACAUUAAAAUGCCUUCUUUAUAGCUGUAUUUUAAUGUGCCACCAUAAUGAAGAUAUUCUAAUUUGGUCCAUAUGGGCGCCUCUGUUUUUCUCUCAUCAUUUAAAACUCUGGAUAUCUUUGAUUCGCGUGAGUCUUUCCUGUCCACAAUAGUUCAGAUACAGGAAAAUAUAACAAGCCUUUUCUCAGAAUUACACAGUUGUUUUGUGUAGUUACAUGUGUGUAUCAUUUGUCAUAUGGAAUGAUAUUUAAAAUGACCUAACAUGAAGCAAUUUGCAGGGUGAGCUAAAUGAUCUGUUGCAGAUUAUUUUUAGGUCUAUGUAGUCCAGUGUCUAUGGUUGGAUUAAUCUGCUGGUAUUAAAACACCAUUCCUCCCACUCUCUGUACAUUGUGUACAGUAUUUCAAUGCUGGAAUAUUAUGUGGCCCCAGGUUUACUGUGUGGUGAUUGAUUUAAACAGAAACUAAUUUAGGAACAUGCACCAUGUAAGCACAGUAUCAGCUGAAUUAAUGAUGGUCUUAAAGGGCCACUCCACUGAUUUUGUAUUGCACUUCCACAGAUAGCGACAUUUGCAGCAGAGGCCAACCUAUCCUGACUUUUAGUCUCUAGUAAUCCAAUGCAAUUUGGUACCAUCUGCUACCCACCAGUUUGUCAUUCAGACUUUCUGUUAAAAAUGUGUAUUCUCCAAACUUCACCUGAGACACAUGGGUGAUGUUGUUUAGGGAAAGUGCUCUGAUCAAUACCAACACAACUGUAUAUGAGCCAGAGUUAGCCUAGAGGGCUAAUUUUAAUCUGUUGCCACAGGCCAGAUGUUAAAAAGGCACACUAAAAAUAGAAGAAAAUGAUAUGUCUUAUAAAACUGAUAUACAUAACAUAGCAAAUGUGCACAAAAUAUUACAACACAUAUCAACCAAUAAAUAAUGCCUUAGUGUAACACAUGCUAGGUAGUUGAGUAAUGGGAGCAAUUACAUGUAAUGUAACAGGACAGACAAAGUCUAAAAAUCACAUACCACCCGAGGCUCUUUAUAAUGUCACUUGAUGCUUGAGUAUGGCAUAUCCACCCCCCCAAAAAAAGUUACAAUUAAUCAAAUUACCACACACCAAUUGCCACUGUGAACCUGGGGCAGUUCAUUAAGUCAACCAACUUGUGACCAAAGGGUCCAUCCCCUUCUCUGUAUCACCCUCCUUUUCACUACUUACCAUAUUCAGUGUGGAACUCCGGAGCACUGACUCCACCUCUCUCUCUCACACAGAGAGGUGAAGCAGCUCAUUUUAUCAAUCAAUCUUAAGUCAAAACCAUAUUGGCAUGUAGAUGAUGGCAAGAGCUGCAGCGUGGCUACAUACCUGCAUGUAGUCAUCCGCUGGCUUAUUGGUUGUUAUGGUCUAAUUUACAAACCGCUUUAUUAUUAUUAUUAUUAUUAUUAUUAUUAUUAUUAUUAUUAUUAUUAUUAUUAUUAUUACAUUGUAAUACACUUGUUGAGACUUCACAUUCGCUGUAUUUCCUCCAUGUCAAGUUUAAUGUUGACUAUAUCAUCAUGGACAAAAUGUUUGAAGUUAUAAUACAAUAUUAUUCUGUGUCUCCUCGAUGUUUUUGCAGUGAUACAACUUCCUCUCGAUGCAGGCACAAUGCUGGUUCAUACUGUCGCACUUUUUAGGGAAAUGAGACCCCAAUGUAAACCAUGUUAACCCCUGCCACACACACACACAUAGACACUCACAUGCGCGCGCGCGCACACACACACACAUACACACACACACACUCUGCAAAGGGAAGCGUCUAAAGUCACGGGAACAGUGACAUAAAAACACGAAGUGUAAUAUUUUGCAACAUGAGUAUCAUUCCAAUAAAGUUUUACUGGUAAAAUUCUA